CAUGGCAAAUAAUAAUCCCGAAACACUUGCUCAGUUUUAUGGACUGUUUUUAUAUAAGAAGAAGGAUAUAAUAGCUAUUCAGGAGAAACUCGGUAUUGGCCCUGGCAAUGCAAAUGAAUUAGUAGUGCCUCCAGAUUCUGAGCUCAUGGGGAAAACACUUGCCGAUUCUUACGAGCUGUUGUUAGAAUUAGUAGGGGAUUUAAUACCGAUUCAGGAGAAACUCAACAUUGAUGGUAAUCCCAUUCUAGAAGAGGAUAUAAUAGCAAUUCAGGAUAAAUUCGACAUUGUUGGCUAUUCUAAUCAAGAAAGGGCGGAAGAAGUUGAUGAAAAUAUGAGAGCAUGUCUCCGGAAGCUUAAGGAGUUUCAUGGUCCUUUAGAGGAUGAUCCAGGUGUGAUAUUUCCGAAAUAUGGUGAAAUGGAUGUAAAGAAAAUUAUGUUUACUGGAGAUGAGCUUCCAUUAUUUCUGAAGCUCUCUCCUCAACAAUUGCACGAAAUAUUCAUCAAAAAUCCAUCUAGUGCCGGUCAAUGCCCAUGUCUAGAACAGGUUAGCUAA